AUGAAACUUCAUCGACGAUUCAAUUUCUACCAAUAUUCAACUCUUUUGCUUCCAAAUCGUGUCAGAUCGAGUUUAAAAACGCUUUAUGUGUUAGUUAGCCUUCAUGUUGCCUUAUUUCUAAUUGUUUAUCAUCGACUUAUACUUAUCAAAUCUUCGCCGUUUCGAUCAUUCUAUUCAGAUAGAAAUCAAUUGUGUCCAAUACCGCAAUUGGAUCCAUGGGAUCAAACGAUUUCGAAAUCAUUACAUCUGAAAGUACCGUAUCGUUGUCCGAUGCACAAACAAAAUCUCAUUAAUGUCAUUAAUCAUACACAACUAUUCAUUAAUCAACAGGUGAAUCGAACUUCGUACUCGGGUUCGAUCACACAUUGUGUUUAUUUCAAAGUUGAUCGAAAUCCGAAAGAAGAAUCGUUCCGAGAUUGGUCAUAUACAUUAUCCAAACCGAUAUUAAUCACAAAUGGACACACGCAACCAAUUCUCGAUGCUGAUUUUGUUCUCACGCGUUGUUACAACAAUCGAACAAAGUAUUUUAAUGGUGAAAUCUUUUGCGGUUAUAAUUGUACCGACUUUCACAACAUGGAUGUUCAUACCAAAGAGUUAACUAAGAAUCAAACGCUUGUAUACGAAUACAUUCAUCCAAUAAUUCGUUUGAAAAAGCCAACUUUUCCAACGGAAACUUGGGCACGAAAAUCAUCUUUGAAUAGUUCACCACCUCCUUCAGUUGUUAUGAUUAUACUUGACGCAGUCAGCAAUCUACAAGCACAACGAGCACUACCACAUACUCUAGCUUAUCUCAAAUCCUUAGGUCUGUAUACAUUUGAACGCCAUACAGUUGUGGGCGAUGGAACAUUCGAAAAUAUGGUUCCGAUGUUAUUUGGUUUACCCGGUACUGAUUUACAAAUUCCGAAUACGAAUGAUAGUCGAUAUGAAUUCGUUGCAACUGAAGUUCACAUCGACAAUAAAACACAACAACGUGUAGAAACGAAGAAAAAAGUUUAUUAUCCUGGACCUUACGAUCAUUAUCCAUUUAUUAUAAAAAAUUUCUCCAAUUUGAACUAUACAACGUACUUUAGUGAAGAAUGGCGUGAAAGUGCAUUUUACAACUUAAAGAAUGGCUUUCGUCAAGCUCCAACUGAUUUUUAUCUACGUCCGUAUUGGUUAUCACUCUAUGAUACCUUGUCGUAUAACAAAUUUGCUGGAAAUUCCAAUCCAAAGCCGUGCUAUCUUGAUAAAUUAUUACAUUUUCUAUCGUUGAAUUGGUUGAAAGACUUUUUACAAGUCCAUCAUCAACGGGCAGAUCAUCCGACAUUCGGAAUUAUGAAAAUGAAUGAAAUGAGUCAUGAUUAUCUAGAAAGACUGUUCUGGAUUGAUGAUGAUCUGAAGAAAUUCUUCGAAGAUUUAACUAAGCAACAUUUAUUAGAUAAUACAAUAGUAAUCUUUUGUGGUGAUCAUGGUCAUCGACAACAUCGAAUACGGCUAACACGAAUCGGAAGCUUUGAAGUAAAAUUACCAUUCUUCUCUAUGCUCCUGCCGGAAUCGUUCAAAAGAAAUUUCCCUCAGGCAACAACUAAUUUUGAGAAGAAUCAAAAGGUCUUGACAACAUGGUGGGAUGUUUAUGAAACCUUAGUAAAUAUUCUCAAAAUGGCCGAACAACCACAUCUACUCGAUCCACUUCUUGUUAAUUGGCAACGAACCACAUCAGGUAUCUCACUUUUUCAUCCUAUUCCCGAACGAAACUGCUCAUCAGCUGGUAUACCAGAUAAAUAUUGUCCUUGUACACAUUCAGUACCCGUAGAUAUUGAUCAACCCAUCGUCAAACAGUUAGCAAUAACCAGUGUUGAUUAUAUCAACAAUGUCGAACUUAAAAACCAUCACCAUUUAUGCGUGUUCCUCCACUUAAAAGAGAUCAUUCGUGCAGAAGUCGAACAACUUCGAGUACCGAUCAUGACGAAUGACACAGCCCAAUCGAAUUUCACACUUUCAUACGUUGUACUUUUCGAAGUAUUUCCGUCCAAGGGCAUCUUUGAAAGUCGGUUACUUUACGAUCCCAUCAAGAACACAGUCCAAUUACACCGUGGUAUUCUUCGAAUCAAUCUUUACGGACAAACAUCAGCAUGCAUACAAGACAAAUAUGAUCUACGAUCGUUUUGCUAUUGCAAAUCAUAUCACAACAGAAGUAGGACGAAUGCGUUAAGGAACAAACAAGCCUUCUUGACGAAUAGCAUUCUGAGCUGA